AUAGAUGCUCUAUUUUCUCUAUUGUAAAAGGGAAUUUUCUUUUCGGGCACCAUUUAAUAACGAUGGAAGGUAUUAAAGCACUACCACCGGGUCAACCAUAUCGUGGCCUGCCUAUCCUAUGUGGAAUCAUGAUGAUUGUGGGAUCCUGCAUAGAAAUUAGCCUUAACAACGCUGGCUUCUACAACAAACGCAAUAUAGACCCUAAGGAAUCCACAGAAUAAACUAGUAUCUGCAACUAUGGAAUCUAUGAAUCGAAAGUGGAGCACCAGAUGCCUGGAGCUAAUUUCUCUAAGGCUUGAGCAUCUGGAUAAAAAAUAUUCGACAAUACUAGAACGUUAUGAAUUAAAUCACCAGAAUAUAGCCGGUAGAUUGGAACACAUAAAAACUGAUGUAUCGCAAUUGGAAUCUGAUAUGGAAAUAAAUAACAAAGUCAACUCUGUUUACGAUGGGUUGAGCUCACAAUUUGAUGGAUAUAUCAUCACAAUAAAAACGGAAGCGCAGAAUUGGAUCAGCGGUACGACGAUGGCCCUGGUCCUACAUACAAGGCAGCAAUUGGGGGAAAUAUCUUUCGAUGAAUGCGUAAUACAUGAACAACUGAACAUAGCAAUGCUUGAAGCAGUGGUAGAUAAAUUACGUCACUUGCACGGGAAUGUUCUUGAGGGAUUGGACGACACCGUGGAGAGGCGGCAAAAGGCAGAGCGGGAAAUAAUUGGGAAAAUAUCUGAAGGUGGAUAUGGUUUCGUUACCAGAAUAACUUUUCACUAGAAACGAAAAGACUUCUGAUGGAGAAAAGAACCUUUGAAUC